AUGCCGAAAGCCGUGUGCAUAUCAAAUAAUGUGUUCAUGCAGGAUAACUUGCUUGUCAACAGCGAAACGAUCUUAUUCAUUCAGAGUGGUCUGGAUUGGCUUACUGGUCUGUGGGCUUUCAUGUUCAGUGUGGUGUACGGGAGCACUCGCAUCAUAUCGAAUAAGCCCUUUUCCCCGGAGAACAUUGUGCAGUUAGUGCAGAAAUACAAGAUAACGUACAUGACUCUCGCACCUGUUCAAAUGGCCGUGCUUGCCACUAGCCCCAUUGCCAACCCCGAUGCCCUAUCCUCAAUACGUAAUAUGAACUACGGCGGGAGCAUUGCCUCCGAUGCGACUCUGAAGCGCAUGAGGGAAUUGUGCAAGAAUGCGACGUUCAACUCAGCCUACGCGAUGACCGAAGCUGGAGUGAUAACCCUCAAUCUAGGUGUGCAGAAUGCAUCAGCUGCUGGCAAGCCUAUGCCUGGCAUGAAAAUACGGAUCGUGGAUGAGGACGGGAAAAACCUGGCUCACAAUGAGGUCGGCGAGAUCCUUGUGCACACAGGAAUGCACUGGAACGGCUACUAUGGCAAUCCCGAGGCCACAAGCCAAAUUCUGGACA